UUCACUAGGGGAUGUUGAGAAGAGAGUUUUUGUGAGUCCUGGUUAUCCUACCCUCGGAGGAAAUGUACCUCGAGGUCAAGGACUGCAUCAUGUGGUUGUGCUCACUCGUUCCAGAUUUUUAUUUACACCAAUGAUCUGUGGGGGUUCACUGAUUAAUGACAUCUGGGUCCUCACUGCUGCUCACUGUGAUGGCUGGUUUAUAAAGGUAGCUUUGAAUCCUUUUCCCAAUGCAAAUCAACAAAGGAGAAUUAAUAAAAAGCACAAAUGUUGUGGACAUGGAUCCCACCAUGACCUCAUGCUUCUGAGACUGGUCAACAACUUCAAUGGACAAUUGACCCCCAUCCCCCUUCCUGUACGAGGCUGCACUGCACCUGCUCCUCACACUGGUGAAAUGAUUACUUUUUAUGGCUGGAUGAACGCACGGCUCAAACCAACCAGAGCUCCACCUGGAAUCACACGAAGGAUGAUUUCCUACGUAGAUAAUAGUCUUCGAAGAGCAACAUCUGAGGUGGUCAGCUGUCCUGCAUGGGGUUUUCCAAGACAAAACUGGUUCCAGCGAGUCUUUGGUGACCAAAUUCCCCCUGGUCAUCAUAUUUGUAUUUUUCAGCGUGGCGUUAGUACCAAUGCAGGUGAUUCCGGUGGAAGCCUGGUCUGGAAUGAUGUUCUGUAUGGAUUGCUUUCAGGUGACAGCCGCAUUCUUAAUAGUAAUCCAUCAUCAUAUUUCAUGAACAUCUGUUAUCAUGAAUACAGAAACUGGAUCUUUAAUAAAACAACAUUGUGACUGCAGGAGUUCAUCUAUCUGUAUUGCUGUGUGACAAUA